CAUGACCCAUUUGAGACCCAUUUCAAUCUGAUGAAUCAUGAAACAAGCAAUAAAAAGCCCAUCGUCUCCAUCACAACUUCACAAGGCUCCUGCCGAUCAUACACUGUAUCAAUCCUCAAGUUACCCUCGUACAUCCAUGUCCUCUUCUCCUCCUCUCCCGAUCUCAAACACCCAACCCGCCACCAUCGGAGCCAACCCUGGCCAAUCCCAACCCUCCAAAACCGCAGUCUCAUCCCUUCGAGCGCUCCUCACGCGCUUCUCUGGCUCCGUCCGCCAUGCCUUGUCGAAUCGCCGCCCAUGGACGGAGCUGAUCGAUCGGACAGCCUUCACCAAGCCAGACUCGCUGGCAGACGCCACCUCGCGAGUUCGCAGGAACUAUUCCUACUUCCGCGUGAACUACCUAACCUUGAUUGCGAUCGUGCUCAUGAUCUCCCUCCUCUGGCAUCCGUAUUCUCUCCUCAUCCUCGUCACUCUCCUCGCUGCGUGGCUAUUCCUCUACUCCUUCCGGCCGUCUGAUCAGCCCCUCGUGAUCUUUGGUCGUGCUUUCUCAGAUCGCGAGACCUUAGGGUUCUUGAUCGUCCUCAUCGUGGUGGUAAUAUUUCUCACGAGUGCGGGAUCGGUUCUUGUGUCGGCGGCUCUGAUUGGAGUGGCGCUGGUGUGUGUGCACGGGGCGUUCAGGGUCCCGGAGGAUUUGUUUCUGGACGAUCAGGAGCAAAUAGGUUCAGGAUUGUUCUCUUUCGUCGGUGGGGCCGCUUCCUCUGCUGUUGCUGCCGCAGGCCCUGCCGUGAUCUCACGGGUUUGAAUGCCACGUAUCUGAUUCAUUAGGUACAGUGACUUGGGGGGAAAAAGGGUGCUUGGGAAUCACUAACCAGAUGUUGUUUUCUCUCUGGCGAGGUAGGCAUUCUCUUGCAGUUCAAUUCUAGAUGCAAUUGCAGUUUGGAUAUUAAAAUUCGAAAUAUGCUCUUCGCUUUUCCUUUUUUUCUUCUAGGAUUGUUGUCACAAUGAAUGGUAAAAUGUUAACCUUUUUCGAAACUGUUACCUAUAUUGUACAAGAUUUGUCAA